AUGACUUUUGAAUAUGACCCCACAGAGAUCGUUCCCAAAGUUGUACAAGUCCUAAAGUCAUUUUCUCAACACAUCCGCAAGCCAGGCUCAGAAGAGAACUUUGAGAAAGUCCUCGAUGCUGUCCAAGGCCGAAUAAAAGAGUACAUCGCCGAAAAUGCCCCAAUUACUAUGGUCUUGCCCGCUUUUCCGUGGAAGAACCCCAACCUCGAUAAGGUUUUGGGGCCUGAUCCGGAUUUGGGUGAGGAACUAGGGCUAUCGAGGUUGAACGAUAUAUGUCAAGAAAUUUCAAAGUUCUAUAUUUAUGGUGCACGGCUUUUGCUUAUAUGUGAUGUACCGGUUUAUAAUGAUUUGGUGGGUAUUCCAGACGAUGAGGCCUAUGACUACGGCCUGCGUCUCCGACAGCUAGCUCAGGAGAAAAAGUUCUCCUCCAUACAAUUCCUGCGGUCAAUUGAUUUAAUGGGAUUGGGAGAUGGCGAGAAGAUUUCCAGAUCGGAUUAUUUGGAGUCGAUUACUAUGGUUAGAGAGAAGUUGAUGUCGAGCGACUACUUUGAUCAGAGCUUCAAUAUUGAAACUGAACUCGAGGCCAAUCCGGACACUAAAGCUACAUUCGAUGGAUUCUUCAGUCGGAUUUCGGAAGACCUCAAAUGGGGUAAGGGGAUUGAUGUAGCUGUAGUAGCUGACCAGGUUGCAUACGACGCGGAGGUUGCAAGGGUAGUCAAAGUCAUGAUCCAGCGUCUUAUUGCAUACGAAAAGUUGAUAAGCGUGACCUUGGGCGAACACAUUCGCCUCUCAAUUCACCCUUCAAUAGGAAAGAACAAGAUCUCAAUCCCUCUUCUUCCCCACGCAGGGAAGUUUGGUGACAUGCCUUGGCACGCCAGCGUGGUGGUUCUUUGUGAUGGCGAUAUCAUGAGUGGAGACGCAAAGGAUUUCCGCGAUCAUUACGACGUUGUCAUGAAAGAUGGUAGACCAUACUACUUCCGUGAGCGAAACCCGUUGUACGAGUGGUCUGUGCCGGUUUAUAUUCAGCAUUCGUAUAAGAGCUUGCUCUUCAAGAAUCCGGGAGAUGGGAAACAGAUUCUGCAGGAGGACGAUCGAUUGAAACUUGCACGUUGUAUUGUAUUACACAAGGGUCACACUGUGCAUGUAGAGGGAUUUGCAGUACCGGAGGAUCAAGUUGCAUGA